CUAUCAUUUCUAUUUUUGACCUCGAGAAUGCUGUACUCCUAAAGAUAUCACCAUGGAACAGAGUCUUAGACCUCCAGCGAUAACGUCGUACCAAUAUACAUCACUUCUACGGCCCUCUGAUUGCAGCAAUACUCUUUGUUUCCUUGUCCUCACCUCGUCCUGAACCUGGCACUAUCGCAGCAUUCUACCCACCAUUACAUCCCAUCCUUGAGCAACCAACUCCCUUGACUUCCUCCCAAUCACUCGUCCCACUAUGGCGCCUUCACCCACCAUUCGAAGAUUACUCAAAGAAACCGCCGAACUCUCCUCGCCGUCAUCGAAUCCAAACCCAGCCUUCUUCGCCGCACCCGUGUCAGAUGCCAACUUACAUGAAUGGCACUUCACACUCCUUGGCCCUCCCUCUCCCUCGCCUUAUGCUGGCGGUAUUUUCCAUGGCCGCAUCACACUUCCAACCACAUAUCCACUUAAACCUCCUAACUUCCGCUUCCUAACCCCUUCCGGCCGCUUCGAGGUCAACCGAGAGAUCUGUCUCAGUAUCUCGGGAUUCCACGAAGAAACAUGGAUGCCGGCUUGGGGAGUCCGUACUGCCCUGACUGCCUUGCGCUCAUUCAUGGCAGAACCUGGGACUUCGGGUCAAAUAGGAGGAUUAGAAGCAAGUCAGGAAGUCAGGAUGAGGCUGGCCAAAGAAAGUCGCACGUGGAAAUGCGACGCAUGCAAGCGCAGUAAUGAAACAAUCAUGCGCGAGUGGUGGGGUAUCUGUCGUGCGGCUGGCCUCAACGUUGAAGAAGAGGGUUUAUCGCUCGAAGCAUUGCCAGACGGCAUGAAGGUGGAAGCGAGAGAUCCCAACGUCAACAAGCAGAAGCCGGCAGAUUCAGACAAGAGUGCUGCCUCCGCCGCCAUCAACUCCAACACCACGGCCAAAACCCAAUCAUCACCAAAUACACAACAAGAACCCCUACCGACCGUCACUCCGCCGUCACCAAAACCUCGUCCCCAACCAUUAAUCAACAUUGAUCACCACACCCACACCCACACCCACAAGCGCUCCGGCUCAUCGACAUCAUCACUCGCCCCACCAAGUGAAAUCCCCAUUAUCACGACCCCAACCGCGGAAGCAACCCAAGCAUCCGCUGAAGCAAUCUUAACCAACUCCGAACUCGCAUCAACACGCAUAUCAAGUACCGAUGACCGACGUGUCACCAACAUACACUCUUCACCACGUGCAGCAGCUGCAGCCAACGCUACCAUCAAUGCGAGCAACAACCGCCUCACGGGCACCAUUCAGUCGGCCAUGGUAGGCUCAACGUCAGCUGCGGCAGCUGCGACCGCUCAGCCAUUACAACGGAUCGGUCAGCGUGAUCAGGACCGUAGUCGAGAACAACAAACUAUCACGAUCGACCGUGCCAUUGCAGGUGUGUUUCUUGCUCUGUGUUUCAUGGUCCUCAAGCGGAUUUUCUACCCAGCGGGAUUUUUUGGUUCCGUGGGACGUUCAGCGGCUGGACAUGAUGAUUUCUAUCUCCAGCGAGAAUGAAAUCUGGCCUUGGAGGGAUAGAGGCCGACUUCGUCUCUAGUGGUACAAGGGAAUAGGGGUAGGUAUGUUGAUGACGAUGAUGACAAAGAUAUAUUGUUGGCACUUGGAAUGCGGUGCGAAGCAAUGAUAAGACAGUUAGUUAGAGACACGGAGUUAUAGAUAAGUCUUAGGUUUACAAAUCACCGAAAUGGCGAGAGCUGCCUAGGUACAUUUAUAGGUACAUCGUCA